AUGGCCCCGCGUCCUCAAUAUGACCCAGCAUUGUCACGAUGGGCCGAAGAUAUGGCCGAGCUAGAUCAGUUUGAACUUCCUAAUGUGCGAACUAUUGCCAGGAACCUGGAGGUUUUACGCACCCAGUCGCAGACACACCCGAACGCGCGCUACAUGUUGGUCAAUGGACUGAUUCCCGCAUAUCACUCGAUCAAGUCGGUUUCGAUUGCAAACACUUAA